ACCCGGAGCUCAACCUGCCCGGUACACCGCCCCCAACAUGUCAUACAGUACGAACCGCAUGUUCAUCACAAGUGCUGUUUGCACUCCGACAACCGUCUAACAUCCACGGCACCGUUUGCAGAAUAAAGACCAGCCUGCUACGCGUUCACCCGCUCGGAUUUGCAGCAAAAACAUAAACCGGGGACGUUUUCUUCAGCACGCCAGGAGAGUUGGAGGUCCGCAGGUACAGUAAUUGCAGUGCUGCUCAGACGUUUGGUCGUCAUGCUGGGCAUCUGCGUGUGUCUUUUUGCGGUUUUCACACAUGUCCUCUCUCAGGAGGCUGAGGAGCCCGUCUUCUACACAUGCACAGAAGGGUAUGAGUAUGACAGAGUCAGAGAGCAGUGCAGAGACAUCGACGAGUGUGCCUUGUUAGACGAUGCCUGCAAAGGAGGGAUGCAGUGUAUCAACCACUUUGGUGGAUACCUCUGCCUCCCUAAGAGCGCCGUCAUCUAUAUCAGUAAGGAGGGUGAGCAGGUGCCACUGCCGAACCCUGUCCCUGCUGUCCCCGCUGUCCCUGCUGUCCCACCAAGCCAGCCUCAGGGGUCCAGCCAGAUCAUCCGCUGUGCACCCGGAUACACUGCAGAUGAGCAGAACCUCUGUAGAGACAUAGAUGAAUGUGCGACAGGUAGACACACUUGUGGCCCUGAACAGACGUGCUACAACACCAGAGGCUCCUACACCUGCCAGUGUCCUCCAGGCUACCAGAAGAACGGAGACCACUGUGUAGACAGAGACGAGUGCGCCCUCACCCACUACUGCAUGCACAGAUGUGUGAACACACAGGGCUCAUACUACUGUGAGUGCAACGCAGGUCACAAGUUGGCCAGCAACAACCACAGCUGUGUUGAUGUGAAUGAGUGUGAUGUGGAGAAUCCCUGUCAGCACCACUGCUACAACCUGAUUGGCUCCUUCCUCUGCCAGUGUGAACAGGGCUAUGAGCUGGCACAAGACACGGUCUCCUGCCAAGACAUCGAUGAAUGCAGCUUCUCCAGCUACAUGUGUCAGUACCAGUGUAUUAACAGCCCAGGAAGUUACGCCUGUGAAUGUCCAGAAGGAUAUCAGCUCCAGGGAAACAGGGUGUGUCAAGACAUAAAUGAGUGUGAGACGGGGACCCAUAACUGCCAAGACGAUGAAAUGUGCUGGAACUAUUACGGAGGCUUCCGCUGCUAUCCCAGAAACCCCUGUGAGGCGCCUUACGCCAAAACCUCUGAAAAUCGCUGUAUCUGCCGGUCUCAGGCCGAGUGCCAGGGCCUACCGCCGUCAAUUGUCUACAAAUACAUGAGCAUCCAGGCCGACCGGACUGUGCCAGCGGACAUCUUCCAGAUUCAGGCCACCAACAUGUACGCCAACACACACAACACCUUCAAGAUCAAAGCUGGGAAUGAGGCAGGAGAAUUCUUCCUGAGGCGUUCCAGCAACGUGAGUGCCAUGCUGGUGCUAACCAAGCCUCUGUCAGGCCCCAGGGAAUACGUCAUAGACCUGGAGAUGGUCACUCACCAUUUGACCAUGAACUACCGCUCCAGCUCACUGCUGCGUCUCACUAUAAUAGUUGGGCCAUACGCCUUCUAAACACCGCAAUUCCCAGCAGCCCACAUAAGUCUGGUUCAGCACACAUAGCAGUGUAACACUUGCCUGUAUCAGCAUAACAUACUGUACAUUUUUCAUACAAUACAAAACAUAACAUAGGCUGUCCCAGACUCAUACAGCAGCACAGCAGUUCCAAUAGGCUUGCUCAUGACAGACCAGCCCAUGCUGUAAUGUGACCACUGGGCAUCUUUUUCUUUCAAGAUGCUUUGGAGCAUUGUAAUGAAGGGAUUUAGUGUCCUGAGGAAUCAAGCACUGUGUUUCAACAACAGCACUUAACAAUAAAUCAUUUUUCAUCUUUAAAGUUGAAACAUUUUUGACUUUAGGUGCCUGAAGUGGACAUAAGAAAGAAAAGCAUGUUAGCA